AUGGUGUGGUCGACGAUUGCUCAAGUAUUUUCCUUUGGUAGCCAAUGGGAAUCCAACACCAUCCGGUUGGUCCAAGGAAACGACGCUUCGGCCAUGCUGAAGAAAGUUGAGGGUAUUUUAGAAGAUUCAAUGCGGUUGUUAGCGAGCCACGAGCGUAUUUUGGCUCAGGGCGAGUUCAACUCUUUCAGUGUCAAACAUCGAAACUUGCUGCUCAAGGUUAUAGAGAUCAAGCAGGACCUCCGUGAUGACCGGGCCCGAGGGCUUCUGAGUGCCAAUACCACUGGGCACCGACCUUUCCGUGUCGAUCAGCAACUGUCUCUUCUUUAUAAACAAGCCCAGAUAUACCAGCGCGAUGUCAUAACUGCCAGCCGUCGGGCUCAAGCCAUGGAAGAAUCAGCCAUCGGUGAAGUUGAUAGCUCUGGCCAGCUGGGUUCCUCUGAAACAUCCGAGGGCCCGGGGCAACUUGGUACUCAGUGGUCGUCCCAUCCACAAGAUCGUCAAAAGGUACAUGCAUCCGUCUCCCUCCCUAGCACUACUUUAACCCACUCAAUCUUUUAUGUCGGACCUCCAGACUCUCUGACUUCAUCCACUACCGGCUCCGAGACCUCAACCCUAGUCGACCUCCAGCCAUAUCUCGCCAUUGCACAUGUGCGACCUAGCCAGUCAGAUCCAUCUGGUUCAACGAAACCAGCAGAUGACGAUAGUUACCGCGAGAUAAUACUGUUGGAGAGCGAGGAAAAGACGAUCAUCAUGAUCAAUCCCAAUCGUCGCCAUCUUAGCAAGGAGCUCGACCCAUCGGAUGAAACCUCGCUCCUCGAAAUGUCUCGCGCCGGAGAGGCUUUGCUGCGAACCACAGACCCCCACAAAUUACAAGGAUACGAAGUCAUUGGCGCACAGCAAGAAACAUCAUGGGUUGAUUCAUUCGUGAAUACCUUGUCCAGACUAGGCGUGGGAAUAGGUGCCGAUAUGAUGUGA